AAACCCUCAACAGAAGGGGAGCCUCGUAUCUGUCUGCGGAGGUGGAGGAACUGAGCCCUCCUUUUCCCCGCCAUUCGGACCAAUAGUUAGAUGGGAGGUGCGUCUUUGGUCUCCGCCCCCGCUAGGGAAACUUGGAGGAGGAGAAAACUUUGUACAGAGUCGGAGAGAGCUGGACAUAACACAUACCCUGGAGAGCAGAGGAAGAUGAACUGCUCUAGAUCUGAGCCCCAACAAAAGCGGAUCCCGAACGGUCCUCAGGACGCAGGAAAUUCUUGCAACCCCAGCAGCCGGCCUCGAUAGGCAUCCUCGGCCGGACCGUUGCGAGACCCGGGACCACCUGUGUCCACCUGUGGGGCAAGAUCUUUGAGUGUCAGUGCCUACCUGCGUAAGCGCCAGACCUCGGGGACCUUCACUAUCCCACGGAGUUAAAAAGGCGGGGCAGCCCUCUAUUUGCGGGAAACCCUCAGAAAUCCAGUCCCCGAAAAAUUAAUUCACCCACAUCCUUCUGUACAUCCCACUCUCCUCCAGAUUUUCUUGAUUCUCCUAAAACAAAGGCAGACUGAGCUUACCUUUUUAGCCUCAACAGCAGGAGGGCAGAGCAGACUCGAACCCUACGUUAAGAAAGAGAAGCUUGGCAAAGCUCCACGAGAAAGGGGACAAAAGGCUGUGAAGGAAAGUGAAGGUGUUUCAAAAGGAAUUAAGUGUUCUGAGGAACCUCUGGUGACGCCGCCGCCGCAGCCAUCGCCAUGUCCUCCAUUGAGACCAAUGUCUCUGCCACGGAAGAAUUAAAACUCCCUCCCGCGACAAUUCCAGCGGUGAUGUUCAUCUUCGGCGUGGUGGGCAACCUGAUAGCUAUCGUGGUUUUGUGCAAAUCGCGAAAGGAACAAAAGGAGACGACCUUUUACACAUUGGUGUGCGGACUGGCAGUCACCGACCUGCUCGGUACCUCGCUGGUCAGCCCGGUUACUAUUGCCACCUACGUGAAGGGAGAAUGGCCCGGGGGCGCUGGGCUGUGCGAGUACAGCACCUUUAUCCUCCUCUUUUUCGGCCUCUCGGGUCUCAGCAUCAUCUGCGCCAUGAGUAUCGAACGCUACCUGGCCAUCAACCACGCCUACUUUUAUAGCCAUUACGUGGACAAGAAGCUAGCCGGACUCACACUCUUUGCAGUUUAUGUCUCCAAUGUGCUCUUCUGCGCCCUGCCCAGCAUGGGACUUGGGAGCUCCAAGCUUCAGUUCCCCAGUACCUGGUGUUUCAUAGAUUGGCGCACCAAUGUGACCACUCACGCCGCCUUCUCCUACAUGUAUGCCGGCUUCAGUUCCUUCCUUAUCCUGGUUACCGUUCUCUGUAACGUGCUGGUCUGCGUGGCGCUCAUCCGCAUGCACCGCCAGUUUGUGCGCCGCACCUCGCUGGGCACCGACAGCCACCACCACGCUGCCGCUGCCGUGGUCUCCGCCGCCUCCACCAGCCUGGCCUCCUGCUCCGGCGUCCCUCGUCUCAGUGAUUUUCGUAGGCGGAGGAGCUUCCGCCGCAUCGCCGGUGCGGAGAUCCAGAUGGUCAUCUUACUCAUUGCAACCUCUCUGGUGGUCCUCAUCUGCUCCAUUCCUCUCGUGGUGCGUGUCUUCGUGAACCAAUUGUACCAACCGGAACCUGAGAAGAAUAUCAGCAUGAACCCUGACCUGCAGGCUAUUCGAAUUGCUUCGGUGAACCCUAUUCUGGACCCUUGGAUCUAUAUCCUUCUCCGAAAGACGGUGCUCAGUAAAGCAAUAGAGAAAAUCAAAUGUCUCUUUUGCCGCAUUGGAGGGGGUCACAGGGAACAGUCAGGGGGCAACUUCAACUGUACUGGCCACCGGACAUCUGCCAUGUCCAGCCCCUCGAGAUCAUUCAUUUCCCGGGAACUGAAAGAGGUCAGCAGUACCUCCCAGACUCUCCUUUACAUGCCUGAGCUCAGUGAAGCUGCCUCUGGAGGCCGUAAUUUGUUGCCGGGAGUUGGGCCCGGGGUGCCCCCAUCAGACACCACCUCACUGAGGACUAUGAGAAGCUCAGAGACUUCAGACACCUCCCAGGAGCAGGACUCAGAGAGUGUGAUAUUAGUCAAUGAAGCUGACAGGAACUGUAGAGCAACAGGCCCCGCACAUAAGGGAGGCUCUCUGCAAGUCACUUUCCCUAAUGAAACAUUAAACUAUUCAGAAAAGUGUAUAUAGUGGGUAUGUGACAGAUAACCAUGCUAUUUCCAGUACCUUGUAGGUAAGGUCUAGAGCACUCGAAACAUAAGGAGGGAUCUGGUCGGGCUCUGAAGGGCCUUUUUGUCUUUCCACCCACUCCAGAGCAGUGUUUCCUGAUUGCAAAUCAGGCACGCCUCCUGGACUUCAGACACACUCAAUGCCAUGGUUGUGAUGUGUCUGAAUAGGACUGCUUCCAGGACUUGAUGUCUGGAAGAAUCCAGUCUUUGCCUCUCUCAAGGUGGUAGACACUUUGUUGUUUCCUUGGCAUCAGGAACUGAAAUAUUUGGCACUGAUCAAUAAUUCAGAUCCUAAGAGGCUUCCAUUCAGAUAAACUACAAGAACUAUUUGGUAGACAAUUUCAGUGUCUCACUAAAGCAUGAAAAUGUGAAUUUUUAUUGCUGUAUAUAUCAUGAUUGAAAGUAUUUAAUGUAUUUUCUUCUCUGUGAGAAGGUUUUUAUUAUUAAUACAAAGUAUGAUGGAAUAAUGGCAUAUUUUUCCUCCCAAUAUUACCUGCUGAUGUUAUAGAUGCUACAGGUGUAUGAUUAAUUAUUCAUGAGUUAUGUUCAGGCCAAGCUGUGAUUGGUUGAUUGUUGAUGAUGGAACCAGUAGAUCUGAAAUUUUAAUGAGAGCAUUUAGUAAUAUCAGAAGGAUAAAGAAAAAAAAUAAUGAUUGGGCUAUACUUUUCAAAUUUUAAGUGCUAAAGAUUCUUUCCAAAAUAUUUAUUACUAUACAUAUUAAAAGAAAGAGAAAUGUUCUUCCUUCAAAGGAAAUCAUUCUUUUAGGAAAGCUAAAUAUGCUGGUAAAUAUUUUCCUUUUAAAUCUCCACUAGCACAUCAAUUUUAGAAGUGUGCUAUGAAUUUGGAUGUCUUUAAGCGAAUAAAGCCCAAACUGAAAUGUGCAAUGUAAAAAAAAAAAAAAAAUGCAAAUUUUGCAUUUCUUUUUUCAUGAAAAUAAAAUGUACAUAUUUUCAGUAGUUGCAGGAGGGAAAAGCUACAAUCACAACAUUUAAGAAAGUUCUUAUUUGCUAGAUUUGGAAAAAUUGGACUAUUUGGUCUUCCACAGGGCAGUAAUGAAAGUGUACCUAUAUAAGGAAUGUAGAAGAACGUUCUUUCAGGAUCUCCUUAUAACAGUUUAUUGUAUCACACAUUAAUCUUGUACAGAAAUUUGGAGGAGCCUUUUUCAAAGAAAUAUUAAGCAUGUUCUGUUGCCUAAAGUGUUUUGUGAAUUGCUUUAUUGUAAUUAAAUUCUGAGCCUGUUA